GCCUAGCCUAAGUGUAAGAAACAACUAUUUGACAACAGGACAAAGUAGCUGUCAACUUUGACAGCAGUGUGCGAGUUAGCAGAAUAACAAAUGCAAAGCUCUAGUCAAAUUAUUAACAAGUAGUUAUUGCCUAGCCAAACUGUAAGAAACAACUAUUUGACAACAGGACAAAGUAGCUGUCAACUUUGACAGCAGUGUGCGAGUUAGCAGAAUAACAAAUGCAAAGCUGAAGUUAAAUUAUUAACAAGUAGUUAUUGCCUAGCCUAAGUGUAAGUGAAAUGAAAAGAAAGGGAAACAGAAUAAAGUAGCUGUCAACUUUGACAACAGGAUAAAGUAGGAUAAGAAAUAUUAAACAAGUAGCUAUUAUUAUUAAGUUAGACAUGUGGCUUAACUGAAACAGAAUAAAACCUUUAUUUGACAACACAAUAAAGCAGUUGUCAACUGUGAGCGCAGUGUGGGUAAGCGAGCCUUAAUCGCCGCAGGCAUCAUUAGACGUUUGCCAACACUCAACGCGGUAAAUCGCAGAGGCCAAGCGAACUGAACCGAAUGAUUCAUGAAAGCAAUUAGCAGCCCGCGCCCAAAAAUCGCUCCCAUUUCUCUUGCAGACAGCUGAAACCGCAGCAGCAGCAGCAGCAGCAGCUGUGGCAGUGGGAGUUGCAGUUAAAGGAGGCGCGCGCCUCCAAAUGCUCAUUGAAAUUUACGAUUAUGCUGCGAAAUUAUUAAACAAUAUGACCGCAACAACAGCAACGAUCAUUAAUAAUCUGGCCAGCGGGCGGGCAGCUCCAACUCCAGCUCCAGCUCCAGCUCCAGCUUCAACUGCGGCGGAUAGUCCAAAUACCAGGACGACCACAAAUCUAACGUCCAAAUGGCUGCAGGCAACGACGGGCAACAUGAAGGCGCUGCUAAACCGCACGCUGGCCACAAUGGGCGGGCAGCACAGCGCCAGAUUGACCACCCUUCUGCUCCAUGGCGGCCUUGGCGCCGAUUUGACAGCCGGACAGCGCAUUAGGCAUUCGCCCAACAAUGCCAAUGCCAAUGGCAAUGGCAAUGCCAAUGCCAAUGCCAGCAUCAUUGGCAUUAACGGCAGCGAAACGGAUAUGUACAAUACAUUUGGCGAGACGCCCGGCUUCAUUGAGUCGUCAACAACGGCGGCCAGCACGGUGCUGAGCAGCGCCAUCAGCAAUCUGCCGGAGGCAACGGGGCCGGCCGUCACCUUUCCAGCCCAGACGAUGGCCACCUUCAUUGCGGCCGGCAACAAGAAUCGGGCCGCAACCAUUUAUAUUUAUCCAACGGUUUCACCCGAAUCGAUUGUCAUUCCGAUCGUUUCGUGCAUCUUCGGAUUUCCCAUACUGGCGCUGAUUGUCAUCUGCUGCCUGAGGCGGCGCGCCAAGCUGGCGAGGGAGCGGGACAGGCGACGCAACUAUGAUAUGCAGGACCAUGCUGUCAGCCUGGUCAGAUUUAGUCCAAUUCAUAGGCUUAAUUACCGAUCGUCGCGAGCUAUCAGUCUACGUCCUGAACGAAGCCUAAGCCAGGGCUUCACCUCGCUGGAGCUGGACACGGUGCUGGAGGAGCGCUGCAGCGACGUGGAACAGACGCAGACCGAAAUACUCAAUCCCGAAUCGCCCAUGGACGCCAACUCCUACAAGAUGUCCUUCUCCUCGAGCUAACAGUUAGCAGCACAACAGCAGCAGCCGAAGACGACGACGUCGACCUUUUCGACGUUGUCGACAGCGCAGCCGCAGACAGCUGCGCUGGCCAUGCAACUGCUGCAGCCGCGCACGCCGUCGACGGCGACGCUGACGCCGCCGCUGCGCAAAGCGGGCAGCCUGCGCGAAUCGCACGAUGCCGCGGCGCUGGCCAAACGGCGCAGUCGCCUGCAGGAGCUGCGCGCCGCCAGCAGCAGCCCGGCCAGCGAAGCAGCGCUCGCGUUUAGCGUCGGCAAGCGCGGCUCCAAACGGGAGCGUCGCCUUGGCGCCGGCAGCAGCAGUGGCAGCGCCAGUUCAGCAGCUGCAGCCAUGCGCAAAUCGCAGUCGCUCGACGCAGCCGAGAGCUACUCGCUGGCCAGCAUACAGUCGCCCUUGUGGGUGACGCUCACCAAUGCGCGCACGAUCGAGGAACUGGCGCAGCAGAAGCUCUAAAAGAUGAACGACACUCAAGAAGAAAUGAAGAAAAACAUACACACACACGCACAUACAUACACAUACCCACCAACCGCCGAGGCUAGUGUUGUUGCCGCUGUUAAAUGUUAAUGUGGAGUUAUUAACCCUCACCCUGCACCCCUGGCGCAUCUUGAAACGAAAUCCAACGGUUUUUCUUACAGCCCAAAUCCACCUUGUAAAUGUGUAAGCAACAAUGUAAACAACAAAUAUUAAAGUAUUAACAAUUUACAACAUUAGCAAAUGCAUAAAUUUAAACUAAUGACCAAAAAUUAGUCCACAAUAAAACUGAAAGUAAAGCAAA